AUGGUUGGGCGUGAAGCAUUGGAUCCCAUAGAAAAGAACUCCACAAUGCAAGGCAGGCAAUAUUUCUUGAAUGGACCAGUAUCAGGUGGGAGACCGCCUGAGAAGCCCCAUCAAGCGAGCCUCAAUCACGCUUAUUCUUCUUCGAGGUUUGAGAAUUGUUUUAGUUUAUCUAUGGAAGUAGAAGUUCCGUUAUCUUUCGAGAGGGAGUUCUAUUACGUUGAGGCUUGUAAACAAAGAUUUUCAUUUCAGGGCAAUCUGAAGCGAUACAUGAAAGAAUUCCAUGACUCAUCUGCUUCUACUAGUGUUGAGGACUCGAAGGAACAUGUCUGUCGUGAAAUUGGGUAUGGAAAGGUUUCAAAUAUCUCUCCAAAUUGCGUGAACAAGAAGAGUCCCAUGGCAAGUUCUUAA